AUGCCAAUGUCUUCUACUCUAUGUAGCUUCUAAUUUGUCUCCUCAUCUCUUCAAAUUCAGCUCUACUCUUCAUCUCUUUUGUUUACUAAUUCAUUGCAAUAUAUUAUAGAGUUUCUGAUAAUAUAUAUGGCAUCCAAAACUCAAGCAACCUCCUCAGAUUCUUCAAGCGAAGAAGACGCCGCCGCCAUUACUAUAAAUCCUAAGAAACGUUCUUAUGAGUGCACCUUCUGCAAGAGAGGAUUCACCAACGCGCAAGCCUUAGGCGGCCACAUGAACAUACAUCGACGAGAUCGAGUCAAAUCCACGAAGCAGUCGACCAAAAUUAAUGAGGAAUAUAUAAACCCUAAUUAUUAUGCGGGCUCAAUCUCAAAUGAGCCUGCGAGUUAUUAUCAGGUUAUGGAGUCUCAAAGGAAUUAUAAUCCUUUAUAUUUUCCGCAAUCCGGACCGUCUAGCCCUAACCAGCUGCCGAGAGGUUAUAGUUACCAUGGAAGUGAUCAUUUUCCUGUUUCAAGAAAUCAUGGUGAAGAACUCUGGGGUGCAAAUUUGAGCUUGCAAAUUGGGUCUAAUCAUGUAGAAGAUGAUCAAACUAAUAACAUGGAAAUUUCAAAAGAAGAUGAUGAUGUGGAUUUGGAGCUUAGACUUGGUCAUGAUCAUCGGUAGUACAGAUUUAUAUUAUAUAUGCCCAUUAAUUAAUCUAAGUGCAAGACUGAAUCAUGGUGACUGAAAAUAUUUUGUUCAUAGUUGUGAAGGAAGCUAUAUCUGAGGUGAGUUUAUGUAUUAUUGUAAGUGUGGUGUGUUCUUUUACUUAGAACUGAACAAAUUAUUUA